AUGGAAGAAAAAAAUAAGAGCAGCGAAGAGGAGGAGAAGACCGAGAAUGAGAGUCUGGGCUUAGUCUACAAGUCCACGCGCUCGGCGAAACCGGUGGGGCCCGAAGAUAUGGGGGCGACAGCUGUCUACGAGCUGGACACAGAAAAGGAGAAAGACGCACAGGCCAUUUUUGAGCGCAGCCAAAAAAUCCAGGAGGAGUUGAGAGGCAAGGAGGAUGACAAGAUCUAUUGUGGAAUUAAUAAUUAUCAGAAAUACAUGAAGCCCAAGGAUACGUUCAUGGGCAAUGCCUCCUCCGGCAUGAUGAGAAAGGGCCCCAUCCGAGCCCCUGAACAUCUCCGUGCCACCGGGCGCUGGGAUUAUCAACCUGACAUCUGUAAGGACUACAAGGAAACCGGCUUCUGUGGCUUUGGAGACAGCUGCAAAUUCCUCCAUGACCGUUCAGAUUACAAGCACGGGUGGCAGAUAGAACGUGAGCUUGAUGAGGGCCGUUAUGGUGUGUAUGAAGAUGAAAACUACGAAGUAGAAAGUGAUGAUGACGAAAUACCAUUCAAAUGUUUCAUCUGUCGCCAAACCUUCCGAAAUCCAGUUGUCACUAAGUGUAAGCAUUAUUUCUGCGAGACCUGUGCACUGCAGCAUUACUGUACCACUCCAUGCUGCUAUGCUUGUGAGCAGCAGAUCUAUGGGGUCUUCAAUUCCGCUAAAGAAUUGAUUGGUAAACUGGAGAAGUAUCAAACAGCAGAGCGUGGUGCUUCCAACACCCCAGAAGACCCUGAUGGAGUCUAAUUGCCAUCACUUAGGUUUUCCAUACUUGUCAGAUCUCAAAGUACCUUUUGUUUUGGUCACCUCAAAAACCAACCAUAAUUGAAGGAAUGUUAAAUUUUCUAGGAAGAGUAUCCAAGUUUUGUUUUAUGUAACAAUGCUGCAGAUUAAAUCAGUCCAGUUGACUUUGGAACUCUCAAACUACCAUCCUGCA